AUGUCUGAAUAAUUACAUAAAUCAACGUCAUAGUUUACGUUACUCAUUUCAAAUGCAGUUUUAGGGGCUUUUUUCUUUGGAUACUCAGUGUCUUAUAUGAAUCCAGCAAUAAAGACAGCAGAUACACAAUUUGACAUUACAAACAACAAAGAUUUGAUAAAUGGAUUAAUAAAUGGUAAGAAUCUUAUUUAAUAUUUAUUAGCAUUUCCUGCUUUGGGAGCAGCAGCAGGUGCUAUAUCAUCUGGCAAAAUAUAAAAUAAAUUUGGUUUAAGACAAUCAUUUUUAUUUGCUGAUUUGAUUGGUGUUGUUGGAUUUGUUUUUUAAUUACCUCUUUAUCUCACAACUUUAUUAAUUGGAAGAUUAGUAAUAGGAUUUGCAGUUGGAAUGAAUUCAUCUUUGGUGCCUCAAUACAUAAAGGAAUUUUCUCCAGAAUCUUUAUCAGGACCAUUUGGUGCUAUGUUUCAGAUGACAAUAAAUAUUGGAUGUUUAGUGGCAUUAGUAAUGGGAAUGUAAAAAUCAUAUUGAAAAGAGGUUCUUUAAUGCAGAUGGUGAAAGCCUUGAUUAUUUCAGAUUUGUGGUUGUAUUUCCAAUGUUAAUUUGUGCAUCUAGGAUUCUUUUUUUGGCAUUUGCUUUUUAGGAUAAUCCACCAUCAUAUUAUAUAUAUAGAAACAAAUAUAAAAUGGUAAAAAAAUGUAUUAUGAUAGGCUAAAGCAGUUAUAAGAAAUUAUUAUAAACGAAAAUUCGUUGACUAAAUUUUUGAUGAUUUAAAAUAAUAAAUUGAAGCAAAAUAAUCUGAAUCUUAAGAUAAUAAAUAAUAAGAUUCAGCCUCAUAUAAAAGUCGUUUAUAUGUUGGUUGUAUUCUUUAAAUUAUUCAAUAAUUUAGUGGUAUUAAUGCAGUGCUUAUUUAUUCUUCUGGGUUAUUCAUCAAAGUAUUAAACAAUUUAAUUUUUAGAUAACAGGAGGAAACAAUGAAUUAAAAAAUUGGCUUAAUAUAACAGUUGGUUUAGUCAAUUUGGUGUUUAGUAUGAUUGCUAUUCCCUUUUUAAAAAAUAUUGGAAGAAGACCACUUUUAUUAUUUGGAGCUUUAGCUUGUUCUGUGUUUUUAGGAUUUAUUAGUUUCUUCUCAUUCUUUGUACCUGAAGAAGAUGAUGAAAAUUAUGAAGUUAACACAUCUGCAAUCAUGGUGAUUGUGUUUAUGUUCUUAUAUUUGGCAGCAUUUUAAUUAUCUUUAGGACCUGUUGUAUGGGUAAUAGAAAUGAUUAAUAUUCAAGAUUUAUGAUGCUGAUGUAUUAGAUGAGAAGGGAAUGUCUAUUGCUGUCUUGUGUAAUUGGUUAGGGUGUGCUAUCGUUGCUUAAUUCUUUGGACUUAUAAAUAAUGGAUUAGGAAUGUAAUGGAGUUUUGGAAUUUUCUUUGUAUUUUGUGCACUAGGGUAAAAUUAUAAAAUAUAUGAUUUAAAGGACUGUUUAUAUCUCUAUGUAUGUAAAAGAGACUAAAGGUAAGAAUCCUAAAGAUAUUGAUUAAAUGUUCAUGUUAGGAAAGGUAGAUUACGAUGAUUGAAC